AUGAGCAUCCCCAUCAAAUCAGCCCGCUCCCCCUCCGUCUCACACCUUUCCAAGUCCCCCACCACCCUCAACGAGUACACCUCCACCGCCCCCCAGCCCACUCUCCCGACACAACACAAAGAUGAAGGCGUCCCCAGCCAUCUCUACGAAGGCCUUCCAGAUCAUUUCAUGACUGAGAAUGCCCACGGGGAAAGGAUCCCAGACUACUUGCGAAUGAUCCUGAUGUCCAAGGUCUACGCUUCACCAUUAAACUUGAAAGAGACCCCUCUGACACUUGCUGUCAACCUCUCGGCCCGUCUCGGUAAUGAAAUCUGGCUCAAACGUGAAGACCUCCAGCCCGUCUUUUCCUUCAAGAUUCGAGGUGCCUACAACAUGAUGGCUUCCCUUCCAGAGGCUGAAAAGAAGAAGGGCGUUGUCACUUGCUCUGCUGGAAACCACGCCCAAGGCGUCGCCCUCUCGGGCCACGCUCUCAACAUCCCCGCCAUCGUCGUCAUGCCCGUCUCCACCCCCUCCAUCAAAUGGCGCAACGUCCAACGCCUCGGUGCCACCGUCGUCCUCCACGGCAAAGAUUUUGACGAAGCCAAAGCCGAGUGCCUCCGCCUCGAAAAGGAAAAAGGUCUGACGUUUGUACCACCGUACGACAACCCCUACGUCGUGGCGGGACAAGGCACAGUGGCGAUGGAGAUCUGCAGGCAGGUCAAGGAUGCGGACGAGAUUGAUGGCAUCUUUUCUGCUAUCGGUGGUGGAGGGCUUUCGGCGGGUAUCGCGGCCUACAUGAAGCGCGUCGCCAAGCCCACGGUGGGGAUUUACGGUGUCGAGACUGUGGACGGUGACGCCAUGGACCGCUCCCUCAAAGCUGGCAAGCGAGUAACGCUUGACGAAGUGGGACCUUUUGCCGAUGGUACUGCCGUCCGCCUGGUCGGCGAAGAGCCUUUCCGCGUCUGCAAAGAAUUCCUGGACGACAUUGUCCUCGUCAACAAUGACGAGAUCUGCGCCGCCAUCAAGGACGUCUUUGAAGAGACCCGUUCCAUCCCCGAACCGUCCGGUGCCCUCUCGCUCGCCGGUCUCAAAGCCCACAUUAUCCGAAACAACCUGCUGAACGCGGGUAAGCGCUUCGUCGCUGUCGUCUCUGGGGGCAACAUGAACUUUGGCAGGCUGAGGUUUGUGGCUGAACGGGCGGACGUGGGUGAGCGCCGUGAAGUGCUCAUCAGCGUCAAAUGCCCUGAAAAGCCCGGUGCUUUCCUCAAAUUCCACUCGCUCCUCGGCGGUCGAGCCGUCACUGAAUUCUCAUACCGCUACUCCAACGCCCACAAGGGCCACAUCAUCUGCUCCUUCCUCCUCUCUGCAUCUUCCUCCUCCCCUUCAUCUGCUGGACCCACCCCACAAGCACGGGAUGAAGAGAUCCAAGAGGUGACCAAGGUGCUGAGAGAGGCUGGGAUGGAGGUGCUUGAUCUGAGUGAUAAUGAGUUUGCAAAGAGCCAUGUGAGGCAUCUCGUCGGUGGUCAGAGCGAGGUUGAGAAUGAGAGGGUGUUCCGAUUCGGCAAACCUGGAGCUCUCGGAAACUUCCUCAAGGGACUCAAAGUCGACUGGAACAUCUCCAUGUUCCACUACCGAAACCACGGCGCGGACGUCGGUAAAGUCCUUGUGGGUCUGCAAGUGCCCGAAGCCGAUUACCAAGCUCUGGACGACUUUUUGCAAGAUCUUGGCUAUCCGUUCGUGGAAGAGACGCAAAACCCUGCUUUCAAGAUGUUCUUGAGGUCAUAG